UCAUCAACGUUGCCAUGACGACACUGUUGUCGUUUGAGCUAUCGCAGAUUAAUGUGUUUAGCUAGGCAGCGUGCUAGCUGUUUACUUUUUCAAAGAUAGUCCCUUUUCAGCUAUAUCUGUGCGUGGUAGCAGUAUUUCAGAAUGCCACCCAAAAAGAAGGCUGCAGCCAAGUCUGCCAAAGGGAAGACACCCACAGUAGUAGAUGGCCUUUCCACGGAGGAGAUGUCGAAGGAGCAGCUGGAGGAGCACAUUGUGCGGCUGCGGGAGGAGCUGGACAGGGAGAGGGAGGAGAGGAACUACUUCCAGCUGGAGAGGGACAAGAUCCACACCUUCUGGGAGAUCACCAAGAGACACCUGGACGAGAGGAAGGCAGACCUGAGGAACAGAGACCGGGAGAUGGAAGAGGCUGAGGAGCGCCACCAAGUAGAGAUCAAGGUGUACAAGCAGAAAGUGAAGCAUCUGCUGUAUGAGCACCAGAACAGCAUCUCAGAGCUGAAGGGAGAGGGAGUGGUCUCUAACAAGCUGAUGCAGAACGAGCACGCCGAGCUGGAGAACGAGCUCUGCAAGGGCAUACGCACCCUCAAAGUGGACUUUAAGGAGCAGGAGCUCUCCAACGAGAACCUCAUCAAGGGCCUCAAACUGGUGCAUGGCGUCCUUGCUCUCUCUGUCAAUAUGAGCUUCUCACCACCCAGAUCAAAGUUGUGCCUUUUUAUCACAUUUGCUUUCCACACACGUCUAGAAAUUGAGGCCAAGUAUGAGAAGAAGAUGCAGAUGCUGCGUCAGGAGCAGGACCUGAGGAGGAAGACAGAGAUCCACGAGAUCGAGGAGAGGAAGAACAGCCAGAUCAACACGCUGAUGAAGAACCACGAGAAGGCUUUCAGCGACAUCAAGAACUACUACAACGACAUCACCCUGAACAACCUGGCCCUCAUCAACUCACUCAAGGAACAAAUGGAGGAGAUGAAGAGGAAGGAGGAGCGUCUGGAGAAGGACAUGGCAGAGGUGCUGCUGCAGAACAAGCGCCUGACGGAGCCCCUGCAGAGGGCCAAGGAGGAGGUGACCGAGCUGCAGAAACAACUGGCCAACUACGAGAAGGACAAGACCUCACUGGCGGGGGCCAAAGCACAUUUGAAGGUCGCAGACAAGGAGAUGAAAGACCUGAAGUGGGAACACGAAGUGCUGGAACAGAGGUUUAGUAAGGUCCAGGUGGAGCGUGAUGACCUGUAUAAGAAGUUCACCCAGGCCAUCCAGGAGGUGCAGCAGAAGAGUGGCUUUAAGAACCUCCUGUUGGAGAGGAAACUGGGGGCUCUGACCAACACCCUGGAGAAGAAGGAGGCUCAGCUCAACGAGGUGCUGUCUGCCUCCAACUUGGACCACACCGCCGUCGGCGUGGUCACACGCAAACUGGAGGAAGUUUUGGACUCCAAGAACAUUGCGAUCAAAGACUUGCAGUAUGAGUUGGCGCGGGUUUGUAAGGCCCAUAAUGACCUGCUGAAAACCUAUGAGGCCAAGCUGCAGGCCUUUGGGAUCCCUAUGGAGGAGCUGGGCUUCAAGCCCCUGGAGAGCAGUGUGGGUGGACACUCCCUGGGCCAGGGCCCUGCAGGCCUGGUGUCUGCCCCCACAUGAGGCCCCCAGGUUGGGCUCAGAGACACAAACACUCCCCUCACCCACACAGACUAUCACUUACUGCAGUGCUAAUGUGACUCUUCUUUCUAUCUCACUCUCUCUUUAUUGUAACGUUUGAUAGAAAUACUACUGAAGAUCAACAGCAACUCUCUGUUUGCGAAGAUGAACUGGUCUUUUUCCACUACACUGUAAACAUUUCCAAAUAAACAUAUUUUUAAAAGUA